AACAGCCAUGGCGGACAGCAUCAGCAGCCAUGACCGGCGAGGAGUCAGCAGCGGUCGCCGGCGAAAACUCCUGCGUCCGGCCAGCAGCUGCAAAAAGAGGCGAACGACCACCUCUCUCUCCUCGUCGCCUCCCUCUCGUUGCUCUCGCCAAUGGCGAGCAACCAGACCCACCAGCGUGCUGCAAACAACAGUCGCCGGACGAGCAACGAGCGGCGUCAACCAUCAGCCCACAGUCACCGGCAGCAUGUCUCCCUCCACUUCACUCCUCUUCCUUCACCCGUCUCCCCUCUCCCGUCAUUCCCCUCCUCCCGCUUCUCCUCUCCCUCUCGCUCUUUCUCUCCUCCCCGUUUUCCCCUUCUUCUUCUCCUUUUCUUUUCCUCUUCUUUUGCAGAGACAGGUAGCAUCUCCGACCAGCAACGUCUCGAGGAGACAGCAGCAGCAGCGUCUCGAGGAGACAGCAGCAUCGACUCCGGCGAGCCUUUCCUCUUUCUUUGUUCCCAGCCAACAAGUUCGGCUAAUGAGCGACGUAGAUUCUAUACAUAUCUCAAUAUUGCGGCUGAUUUUAAGAUGAAUUUCAACAAAUCCG